UGAAGAAAUAUUAUCAGCUAGAGUCGAUGUAGACUAGACCAAAUUGUCAAUCAGCCGCCGACUAGGUGUUUCCUGUGUGGCCUAACCAUCAACCUGGCGACGACUCGUGGUGCCGGCAUACGAUAUGUUUGUGUCUGUGGGUCGAUGAUCCGUUUAUCGUCUCGGCGUCACACGCCGAUCAUCGUGUAUAUUUCUUUUGGUUCGUCUGCCAUUUUGGAGAUUCGAGUCGCAUGUAAAAACACAUCAAAUUCACCUGUCGUGAUAUUACCGAACCGCUCUUUUCCGCUCCGCUUCAGCUCGUGAAAAACGACGAAAGACAAGUUCGUUCAGUUUCAAUGGCAGCUUGGCCCCUCUGCGAGUCACGCGGAUUAGCCAACUCUGAGCUUGUGUAAAGCCAGACGUCUGCGCUGGCGGGUACUGGUACCCUCGGGUUUCCAACAACCAGUCACUUACAGAAUCUCCAAUGGUGGCUUGGUCCCUCCGCGAGUCACGCGGGUUGGCAGAGUCCCAGGUUCUGGAAGGCUAAGCGUUUCUUAGGGGGCUAUUUGAGUCGACGUGAAAGGCAGUUCAGGAGAUCCAAUGGCGGCUUGGUCCCUCCGCGAGUCACGCGGGUUAGCGGAGCCUCAUCUCGUGGAGGGCCAGGCACUGGAGAGAGACUUUUGAGUCAACGGAUCCUGAGAUAACCUUGGGUCGCUUAGUUACAGGAUUUUCAAUGGCAACGUGGGCCAUCCACGAGCCACGCGGUUUGGCGGAGUCCCAGCUGGUGGAGGGUCAGUCGCUGGAGGGCGAGCUGUGGAAGCUGAGCGACCAGCUGCGGCAGUGGCGGCGCCGCUGGUUCGUCCUGCAUAGAGGGGCUCCUAGGCUGCUGUAUAAGAUCAGGCAGAGGGAUGCGAGCUUACGUGGCACGAUUCCAUUGGUGGACGCGAGUGUAGGGGUGCUGAGCUCCCCUGCCAGCCACCCCACCUGGUGCUGCUUCUACAUCCGAGGGCCAAUGGGAUCGCACCACCUGGCAGCGGAGAGCCAGCAGGCAGCGCACAGGUGGAUGGAGCUGCUGUCUGUCACUGCUGCUGGCGCUUCCCUGCAGGUGGAGUCUCUAUCUGUACACGCUCACGCGGUGGGAAUGCUGGCCUUAAACCCUGACGCGCUUCUCUCCUCGUCCUCCUUUGUCUCCUCUUCCACCUCCUCUUCCUGCUUCUCGUCUCUCCAACAGUCACAAAGCCUGCAACCAGGCCAUGCCAUGCCACCGCUUCACCCCCCAUCUUACCCUCCGCCCUUGUACACUCCACCACAAUCCCAUGUCCCACCAUCACAUGGUAAGGCCCCUAACACCUCAUCCUCGCGCCAUCCACCCCUCUCUCCAUCUUCACCCACCCAUACCGCACCUAAUCCGCUCACCGCCACCAUUUCCUCUGCCAACGUGGCUGAAUGCGAACCACAUGGGGAGAAGCAACACAACGGGCAGCCGCAGCAGCAGCAGCAGCAUGAGCAGCAACGACAGCAGCAGCACCAGGAGCAGCAGCAGCAGCAGCAGGGACGGGCAUGGGAGCUGCGACCAUUACAGCAGCACUCUGUAGAGCAGUGGGUGAUAGAGGCCACUUGCGCAACAGGAGUAGCUAUUCCUGCCUCACUCGCUGCAGCACCGGACAUGUCCCUUGCACUGGAUGCUUGCCGACCUCGUGUUACGGCUGCCGGUACCACUGCUCGGCCUGCUGCUGCCGCUUCUCCUGCUGUCAGAGAGGCAUCUGAGCCGGCACGUUGUGACUCGCUGUCUGACGAUGAUGGUGCGUUCGAGUCGCCACGCUCGGACUCGUUCCUCUCCCUCUGCUCCGACGCCGACUGGAGCACGCCUGCCUCAGCGUUUGCCACGCCCAUGCUAGCUGCAUCCACGCCCGUGCUGACAGGGUCUACGCCUAUCGUAGCCGGUUCUACUCCCACUUACAGAGGCAGAGCCCCCACUGUUGCUGCAAUCACGGCUCGACUAGCCAGGCUAUCUCCUUCAUUAAACCCUGGCGACGUGGCCAGGGUAACAGAAAGACCAGCCACGGUUAAAUAUAACCCAGCAACGAAUACAGAAGUCUCUGCUGCCAGUAUGAGUGAUGGCUGGGAAUUCACUUGUCCCGCGGGCGCAGCAGGAUCCAGACAAGCUGCCACUUUCAUCGCCAGCAGCAGCAACAGCGGUGGCAGCAGCAGAAGAAACCAGAUGGAUCCCUUGAAUGUUGUGAGCAGGGGUGGCGAUGGCAGGGGUGACGAUGGCAGGGGUGACGUGGCGAGGAUCGGAGCCGUUCCACGAGAACCAAUUGCAGAGGCGCUGCCGGAAGGGGAGGGAGUGUCCCUUACCGCAUGUGAGCACCACCCAUUAGAGAUUGGAUCUGAAAUGCAGGCAUCAUCAUUAGCAGCAGCAGCAGCAGAAGCAGCAGAUGAUCGAUGUGGCAGUAACAGUCAAGACCGUUCAGUACUGGUCAAUGGGGCACGAAGUGUGCUGGCUGGAGGGGGAUCCGUGCCUGUGUCGACAGGUACCACCUCUUCCCACCACUCCUCUCCGCGUGACGCCUCUCACUUUGAGCCGUCCCUGCUGGCAGUGCUGGCAGAGUCCAGGGGGUUGGGGCAUGCUGCUGCUUUUGCUGAUGUGGUGGGGUUCUUUGGAGAGGGGGGAGAGGAGGAGGAGGAGGAAGAAGAAGAGGCCACAGAGGGACAUGAAAGGGAGUUUUCUGCUUUACAGGAUGAUGAGUUGACUGGGGAACAGGGAGCAGCAGAGGGCGCAGGUUCAGGAGCUGAUGGGAGGGGAGCCAAGGCUGUUGGCACCGGUUCCUCUGCUAUGCGCCAGUGCAGAGAUCAUGUGCAGGGCGAAUUGCCUGUGGAUGUAUGGCAAACAGACUCUGCACCAGCAGAGGCUUUGCCAGCAGGAGAUUUGGCAAGUGAGCCAGCAGCAGCGGAGCCAUUUCUGCCACAGCCUCUUCCCCCCGGGCUGCCAUCAGCAGGCCUUGUCACCGGAGCAUCCACAGCAGCGGCCAUCUCUUUUGAGCCAACUCAAAAGUCCUCUCCCCCCAGACUGCCUUCAGAGCAUUCACUUGUAACCACAUCAUCCACAGCAGCCGCCAUCUCUGCCGUACAUUCCGAUAGUGUGACUGCAACCGCUUCCGGGCUUCCGAGUUUGAGAUACUCAACCGGGUUUGCAUCUCUGCCAUCCUCUCCUACCAAUACCGUCAUGCCGCCCAUGCUCACCUGGACCGAGCUCUCGCCAUCCCAGGGCGUGUCAGAAGGUGUGUUACGUGCCGAGCCCUCUGCUGCAUUGAGAUGGCAUGCUGGGCAGUCCAACGCAUCAGGCAUGGAAAUGGGACGAGAGAGGCGAGGAGGAGGGGAAGCAAGGGGAGGGGGAGGGAGAUGCAGGGACAAGGACGCACAGAUUGUCAACAGGGCAGAGAGGAGUGGUCAGGGAAUGGGAGGGGCGUGCAGGCUGGGAGCGGUGGAGAGAGGAGCCGAAGCAGGGAGACUAAGUAGCAGAGGAAGAGGUUCAGGUGCAGCGCAGGCGGUGGUAGCAUCAUGUGCAGGUGGUGAUAGCGGGAGAAACGGGAGGAGCGGAGGCGGGUUGAGGCCAAAGGAGGAGAUCUGGAGGGUCUUUCGGUGGGGCUGGCCUGUGGAUGGUGGGACGGCAAGGGAAGAGUCUUCCUCGCAAGAGCUGCAGGCGCUGCUGCGGCUGCAGCUGCGGUUUGAGCGAGCCAUGACCCAACUAAUGAACUGCCAGGUGGAGCUGCAGGCGAAGGACCAGAGGAUUUCCUCUUUAGAGGCACAGGUGUCUUCCCUUCAAGAUCAAGUAACACGCUUGGAAGGCGACAAUCUCAUGCUAAGGGGAGAGUUCUGUGCAUAUGAACGAGAUUGAACUGUAUUCAGCUGAGGUGUCUAAUGUUACCUCAGGAAGGGAUUGCAUUAGCUUUGAUGGUGACUAGCAGGGG